CAAAUGGGACUAGGCGAAUGGGAUGUAUAACCGCGCCGGAGUGUGUGUGUGUGUGUGGACCGGGGAGACCAAGUCAGUGUAGCGCAGACGUCGGAAAUGUCAGGCUGCGAUGAGCAUGCCCAGUAACUCAGAGGAUGGAGUGCUGUGACUCUGUCUCAGCUGAUGUUUCCUACACAAACCAGCCUUCAGGUAUCUGCAGCUCAACAUCAUCCAGGGUGCUCCUCCUUCCAAGAGAGAAAACCUCUUACCUGAGCUCAGCAAGUCCAUCCAAUCAGGGUAACCCAGGGUGGAGUAAAGGAGUGGAGGGGGAAGGAGCGGAAAGGAGGACUUUUGACGAUGGAUAUGAAAAGGAAAAGCAGAUUGACGAUUGUGAUGGAGGUGAAUUUGUAAAUCAAAAGAAAGAGUGUGACAAGGGUGGUAAUAAAGCUGACGAGGUAGAAUGCCAAAUUGUCUACCAGGCUGAUGGUUCUGCUUACAUUCUGGAAAGCCAAAGCCAGCUACCAUGCAGUGUUGUUCCAUCAUCCUCUCGCCCCACUGUUAUUAGCACAUGCCAUUUCUCCUCCCCCCAGUACUCUAAUUUAAAGAGCUUUCAUGUCUUCCACCCCAAGAACUGGUGCCACCUGACCAGAGAUAUUACUGCUUUGCUGACCUGUCAAUCCAAAGAUAGUGCUCCUGCCAGGUCAGGGCUUUCUGAACUACCACUGCCAGGCAAAGAACAACCAAUCCUGGUGUGCUUUUCGUGUUGCCUGUCAUUUAAGCACAUAAAUGCUUUUAGACUUCACAUCUCACAGCACCACAAUAUCCCGAUUACCACAGAGGAACAGCAGUUACUUACGCUCCCGCACACCUCUGCCAUCUUGCAUCCUGUUGGCCUCAGCGACCACUUACUCCUAAGCUUCCUAGAACCAAAAUUACCAACCACAAAGCCAGGGUGCAACAUGGCAAGCAUGCCAAGUCAGGAGGGCAGGGAGAACUUCCAGAUGUCUGAGCCAGGAUUCCCUCUUCAGCCCUCUCUACCCAGAGCCCCCCUUCCUACCUCUGUGCUGAGCCCUGCCAAAGACCAUUCAACCCUGGGCAGAGAGGGUCCACAGCUGAGCAUUGAUGGUGAUUUAGGAAAAGAAGGUAGAAGUAGCGAAGAAGGAGAGGAAAGCUCGAGUUCAUUGGUAGUUUCCACUGCAGAGGACGGUGCUAACAGUAUUAGCAGCAGUGGUAGCCAAGGGCACAUUAAUGAACCGGCUCUUUCAAACCAAAGCAACCCCAAAUCUCUUAACUCUGUCACAGUAGCAACCAGCUUUAUGAACAACACCAAAUCUCCUACAGACUCUGAGUUAGAGUGUGGAAGAAGCUUUAACUGCCACGGCCCUGCUCCCAUUUCCUCUACCGUGCAAACCUCAUCCACAGCCACUAUUCCAAAAGAGCUUGCCAACCAAGAGAGUGCGCUGGAAACAGAACCAAAUAAGCUGUCGGAGAAGGGCAGUGUCAUGGCAAAAGAACCAAAUGGCAAGCUGUGUGAUAAUAAACCAGCUCUCACUUACUCUGAUCUACCUAGUAACCAUAGCAAUUCCAAGUCACCCGGCAUCAUUCCACAACAGGCGAACAAAUCUUCACCUGAAGACGGCCAGGCAGAUGUGGGAAGAGGAAGUUUAUUGGCUGGGAGUGAUCUCGAUUUUGUCGUUGGGUGGGACAGCAACCAGGGAUCUUCUUAUUCUUUCUGUGCUCAAGUCCCCAUGACACACUCACGAAACUCCUGCAAGACUCUCAAGUGCCCCAAAUGCAACUGGCACUACAAGUACCAGCAGACUCUUGAGGCUCAUAUGAAGGAGAAACACCCAGACUCCGAUGAGGGUCAGUGUCCAUAUUGUGCCAGUGGGCAGGACCACCCACGACUGGCUCGAGGGGAGACAUACACCUGCGGGUACAAGCCUUUUCGAUGCCACGUGUGCCAAUAUUCCACCACCACCAAAGGCAAUCUGAGCAUCCACAUGCAGUCAGACAAACACCUCAACAAUAUGCAAAACUUGCAGGCGCAGACACGUUCAGAUGCUCCAACAGCCCAGCCAAACCACCUGCCUCACCCACACUCCACCCAGACCACCUCCCCAUCUCCUUCUAAACCACAGGGACGCGCAUCUUGGCGGUGUGAAGUUUGCGACUAUGAGACCAACGUAGCACGAAACCUUCGCAUACACAUGACCAGUGAGAAGCACACACACAACAUGCUGCUUCUGCAGCAGAACCUGGCCCACAUGCAGCGCCAGCACCAGCACCGGCAGAGUGCCCACGACCUCUACCAAUACAGCCAGUCCCAGAGCAGGCUGCCAAAUGCCGCUGCAGUCCAGUCAGCUGGUGAAGCCUUGCAAGAGAAGCUGACAGAAGAAGACCCUCCAGAGGCACUGUUUGAGUGUGCACUGUGUGGUCAUUUUUCCACAGACAGUCUGGGGUCUCUCAGUCAGCACCUGGCCGCACAGCGCUCGCUUCCCGAUGCUGACUGGAGAAGCACGACCGGCGAUGCCCAUCUUUGCCGGCUUUGCCAUUAUGUCACGCCCCUGCGGGCCAACUUUCAGCUGCACUGCCAAACCGACAAGCAUCUGCAGCGCUACCAGCUAGCGGCACACCUGCAAGAAGCUAGCAAACACCACAGAAACCCAGAGGAAGAGGAGGAAUGGCUGCUCAGGUGUGUUGCUGCUGGUGUCCAAGUGCAGCUAAGGUGUAAUGCAUGCAGUUAUGAGGCCAACAGUUUGGAGAAACUGAAACUUCACACCAUGAACAUGAGACACAAGGCCAGCGUCAAACUGUACAAGUACCUGCAGCAGUUUGACAGCGCCGUGUCUGAUGGUGGCGAGCUGUACUGUGUGCUGUGCGAUUACUCCACUCAGAACAGCCUCAGUCUGGUACAGCACUCCAAUUUGUUGAGUCACCAGCGAGUGGAGGAACUAGUGCGACUGCAGCGAAUCCAGAGCGGUCUCCAGGAUGAAGAGGAGGAGCUUAGUGCCAUCUUUAAGAUCAGAAAGAGUCAUGCUCAAGAUAGCGGAGACGUGACUGAGAUGGAGUCAUCCACCGAGAUGACCUCGGACCAAGAGGACCGGACCAAACACACAGGCAAAGAGGAGGAGAAAACAGAAACAGCUAUUCAUGUGGAAAAGAGACAGAAUGAGUCCUCCACCGUUCCCAAACGCCCCCGUUCUGCAUCUGAAGAUCUGGAGGACGCCAUACCAUCAAAGCUGCCUCGAGCACAGGAAGAGAUCUCCUCAGAACAGGUGCGGCAGUGCCCAUUCUGUCGAUUCAGUCAUGCUGAUCUCGGACGUCUGAGAAGCCACGUAAUGAUCCAGCAUGCUGUGCAGCCCACUCUCCGCUGCCCACUGUGCCAAGACACGCUGCGCAGUGUUGCUCUGAUGCGCUCUCACCUUACACACCUGCACAGCGUCACCGCAGACUGCACCCAGAAACUCAUCAACACGGUGAUUGCAUCAGAUGUGCUGCCAGAGAAGAUGUUCCUACCAAUGCAAGAUUCCAAUACCCAGCAAACAAAAGCAGAUUCUAGCUGUAAUGGAAUGAAAAGACCUGAUGAACAAAGUGAUGAUGAACAGGAGAAAGUGACUACAUGCCAACCAGAGAUAGCAAAAACACAAAAGCAGCCAUUGGAAGAUGCUGAAUCCACCAAGGAAAAUACCGCUGCAUUCCCUUGCUGGCAGAAGGGCUGUAACAAAGUCCUGACAUCAUCUACUGCCCUCCAGACACACUUCAACCAUUUUCACAGCCAGAAACUCCAAAUGCCGAUUUCAGAUCGCCACGUCUACAAAUACAGAUGCAAUCAGUGUAGCCUCGCCUUUAAGACCGCUGAAAAGCUGCAGUUGCAUUCUCAAUACCAUGCCAUCAGGGCUGCCACCAUGUGCUGCCUUUGUCAGCGCAGCUUUCGAACCGUACAGGCCCUGCAGAAGCACUUAGAGACUAGUCAUCUUGAGCUCAGUGAGAUCCAGCUGCAGCAACUCUGUGGCAGUCUUCUGUUGACCGAAGACCUCUUGGGCUCAGUAGACCAAGGGCUUGAGAAUGAACAGGGAUCUCCUGAGGAAGAGAAAGUAAAAGAAGAUCAAGAAAGUGACCAGGAAGAGAAAGUGAGCCCACCUGACAGUGGUUUAAGUUUAGCUCGAGAAGAUGCUGAACUUAAUCCAAAACCUUCUGUUCCACCUCUGAGAAAAUGCUCAAACCCUUCAACAGAGAAAUUUCUAGAUCCAUCAAGACCCUUUAAAUGUACAGUGUGCAAAGAAUCAUUUACUCAAAAGAACAUCCUCUUGGUGCACUAUAAUUCUGUCUCACACUUGCACAAAGUUAAGCGCUCAGUGCAGGAUUCCUCGGCUGCCCUGCCAGAGUCUGUCAGCAGCAGCACUGACCACAAACCCUUCAAGUGUAGCAUUUGCAAUGUAGCUUACAGCCAGAGCUCCACCUUAGAAAUUCACAUGCGAUCUGUCCUACACCAAACCAAAGCCCGUGCAGCCAAACAUGAUUCAUCUGGAACAAGCUCUACUACUGUUAAAUCUUUGCUACUUAAAGCAGCCUCGGAUAAUACAGCAGCCAGCUCCACUACAGCACUGAAGCCAUCAAAUGACACAAACAAUGUGAGUUGCACUUCCUCAAGUAUUGAUCAGCUUUAUUUAAAAAACCAACAGAGCACUGAACUCAGUGUUGUAUCAUCGAGCCAAACCAGUCAUUCUUCACAUUCUGAAGAGAGUAAGAGGAAACAAAUGGUGGACGCAAUGGCUUUAACAACAACGGCGCAUCGGCAUAAGUUGUUACAACAGCAGCAAUUACAGCAACAGCAGUUAGCACAGGCCCAAGCUCAAAUCCAACAGGAACUCCAAAAGAAAGCAGCCAUUCUUCAGUCUCAUUUGUUCAACCCAGCACUUCUUCACCACUUUCCCAUCUCAGCAGAUGCUCUCCUUCCACUCCAGCAGCAACAGCAGAUGCUUCUUCCUUUUCUAAUCCCAGGAGGGGAAUUCCAAAUUAGCCCUGAGCUGAACCUAAAAGGCUCAGGAAUGAACCUAAACACAACAAAGCCUAUAGCACCUGAAAAUUGUCCUGAGCCAUCCCAGCAGGGUAUCUCUAUCUCUUCUUGUAAACAGCCAUCAAAAGGAGAUGCGGUCUUUACUUCUCACCAGUCUAUGUCACCAGCAUCUGAGGAGAAUGCCUCUAUCCUUCAGAAAGCUGAUGAAAAGAUAUUGACCUCCGAUGCUCAGCGUACCAAAGGCAUGGAUGGACAAAAUAAUUGUAAAGAAACAAGACAGAUGCAUACAGCAACUUCUAAAGAUAACUUAGAAACAUUCAAAGAACAAGAUGAGGUUGAGGAAGAGGUUUCAAAUAGUGGGAAAAUAUUUACAGAGAUAAUUCCACCAAGGGUUUCUCAUGAUGCACCUGGAAAUGUUUCAAAAGCAUUGUUGGAGAAUAUAGGAUUUGAGUUAGUCAUGCAUUUUAAUGAAAAUAAACAACAGUAUGAGAAAGAUCAGGCUGAUGUUGUACCCAGUGAAGAUACAAAGGUUAACACUGAAGAGGUAUAUAAAUCAGAGACUUCUAGCAAGCUAGAGUGUGAAUUCUGUGGAAAGCUUUUUUCGAACGCAUUGAUACUUAAGAGCCAUAAAGAGCAUAUCCACCAAUCCAUUUUCCCAAUACAGUCAUUAGAAAAAUUUGCCAAAGACUACAGGGAGCAAUAUGACAAGCUUUUUCCUUUUAGACCCGAAACUUCUGCAGCUUCUCCCUCGCUGGCAACCCCAGCUUCACCUCCACCUCCUCUAACUGAGCAAACUCAGCAGAAACCAGUGCCAUGCAGUUCUACUUCCACAACCACAGUUACUUCCCCUACUGUCUCCACUUCCCAGGUCCCACUUGCACCAAUUCCCUUGCCUAUUGACUUGACACUUUUCUCACCUCUCAUGAUGCAUCCAAUGCCAUUGCAGACUUUGCCCCCUCAACUGUCUGUACAUUUGCCACCUGUUGAGGCCGGUCUUACUCCUGAUUUAGCCCAGCUUUAUCAUCAGCAGUUAAACCCCUCUUUGAUGCAGCAGCAAGGUAAAAGACCUCGAACCAGAAUCACAGACGAUCAACUGAGAGUUUUACGGCAGUACUUUGACAUUAAUAACUCCCCAAAUGAGGAUCAACUUCAAGAAAUGGCCAACAAAUCCGGCUUGCCAAAUAAAGUUAUAAAGCACUGGUUUAGAAACACACUGUUUAAGGAGCGUCAACGCAACAAGGAUUCUCCAUACAACUUUAAUAACCCACCUAUAACAACACUGGAAGAAUUCAAGGUGGAUUCUAGACCAUCCUCACCUGAGCCUCCAAAACAGGAGUUUUCUGGAGGAAAGAGGUUGUCAAGGACCAGGUUUAGUGAUUACCAGCUUAGGGUUCUUCAAGAUUUUUUUGAUGCAAAUGCUUACCCUAAGGAUGAUGAAUUUGAGCAACUUUCAAACCUUCUCAAUCUUCCAACACGUGUCAUUGUGGUGUGGUUUCAGAAUGCCCGUCAGAAAGCUAAAAAGAACUAUGAGAACCAAGCUGAGGGCGGAAAAGACACAGAACACAGAGAGCUUUCUAAUGACCAUUAUAUUUGUACCCCCAAUGGUAACUAUGAGUGUAAGAAAUGCAGUAUGAUGUUUCAACGCAUUUUUGAUCUUAUUAGUCAUCAAAAGAAGGUGUGCUUUAAAGAUGAGGAUGAGGACAUUUGCAGCAGUCAAAAUGAGCUUUUGAUGGAUGCAAAAUCUCAGAGUGCACCUGACUCCUCAAGCUCUAAUCCAACACCCACCAGUUUCAGUUUUUCUAACGAUACUGACAUAGAUGUAAACACAGAGGAGACGUCUACUAAUAAAGACGAGUUAGACCAUGACAUCCUCUCUGACCCUCUUACUGAAGAUCGAAAACAAAUGACAGAAACAUCUCAUUCUCCACAGAAUGAUGAGUCAAGUAAAGAGUCAAAGGAUCCUGAUGAAAUUAAGCAACAGACUAGUACUAAAGCUUCUUCCCCAUCUCCACUCCAGCAAUUCCAGCAAUCUAACCCACCUAUGGCCCAGACAAGCCAAGCUGAACCACAAAGUCCUCAAAUGACUGUAACAAGUCCUUCCUCUCUGCAUCAACACCCAAGUCCAUCACAGCAGAUGACUCCAUAUCACUGUAUUCAGUGCAAAUUAAGUUUUCCCUCUUUUGAACAUUGGCAAGAACAUCAGCAAAUGCACUUUCUUGUGGCACAAAAUCAUUUUGUCCAUUCACAGUUUUUAGAUCGCCCCAUGGAUAUCCCUCUUAUGCUUUUUGAUUCAACCAAUCCUCUGGUGGCUAGACAAGUACUUUCUGGAGCUUUUCCACAGAUCCCAGUCAAUUCUCCUACAAUUGCUAUUCCUGACUCAACCAUAAAUUCAUUAAAAAGGAAGCUUGAGCAGAAAUCUGAAACCAAUUCUGUAGAAAAUGACUGGGAGAACAAUAAUGAUGAUUCUCAGCGGGACAAGCGCAUGAGAACCACUAUCACCCCAGAGCAGCUGGAGAUCUUAUACCAGAAAUACGUCUUGGAUUCCAAUCCCACACGGCAAAUGCUUGACAACAUUUCACAGGAGGUGGGUCUCAAGAAACGAGUUGUUCAAGUAUGGUUCCAGAACACUCGAGCUCGUGAAAGAAAAGGUCAUUUUCGUGCUAUGGGUCCAGUUCAGGCCCAUCGACGAUGUCCAUUCUGUCGUGCACUCUUUAAGGCCCAAACUGCCCUUGAUGCUCACAUACGUUCACGUCAUUGGCACGAAGCACAGAAUGCGGGAUACAGCAUGGAAGUAUCAGGAAUGACUCAUGACUUAGAAGGCUCUCAUAUGAAAAUGGAUAUGUUAAAUAUUUCCAAUUUUUCACAGUUGGCAAACUCAGAAGAGAGUUUAAAUGGCUCUGAUUCACCAGCUAGUAAGAGUAUAGGUCUGUUGUCAAACCAGCAACAUCCUUGUCCAAAAACGUUGAAGAGUGAUGGAAUGGAUAACGUUGAAGGUGUAGCCCAACAGUCACUGGACUGUGGCAAGCUAGAUAACCUUAGGGAUACUUUAAUGGACACAGCCCCUAUUGGAACCACAGCUAAUGAUGAAAAUGACUUUGAGGAAAAGCACAAUAGCACAGAUCACUUAGCCAGUAGUUCUGAUAGAGAGGCUUCUUUAGAAAAUGAAGACAAGAUGUCCUCUGGGCUUGUUAGUCCUGCAAUGAGUUUCAAUGCUAAGGAUUAUGAUAAUGAUUUGGUCUUGGAUUACAGUGAAGACUCAAGUUUAGCUGAUCCUGCCUCCCCCUGUCCUGGAGGAUCCAACAGUCAAAGCAUAGAUGCUGACAGAUUUGGUCAAAAGCGGUAUCGCACUCAACUUUGCAACCUGCAAGUGAAAGUUCUCAAAGCCUGCUUCAGCGACUACAAAACCCCCACUAUGUUGGAGUGUGAAGCUUUGGGAAAUGACAUCGGGCUUCCCAAAAGGGUCGUUCAGGUGUGGUUUCAAAAUGCACGCGCCAAGGGAAAAAAGGCCAAGCUUAGCCUAGCCAAGCAGUUUGGUACUGAAAGCACAUGCACUGACAGACCCAAGACAGAAUGUACUCUGUGCUGUGUUAAGUACAGCAGUUGUCUCUCUGUGCGAGACCAUGUCUUCUCCCAGCAGCACCUGGAAAAAGUCAAAGAGGCUCUUGGAGGACAGUUGGACAGAGAAAGGGAAUAUGUAGACGUUCAUCCAGUAAUGAGUCAAGAAGAGAUGGAUCAUCUAAAUAAGGCAAGUGAGGCCCUGGCGGUAGCCAAAGCUCGACCUGCAGAGAGUUCCGGGAGCUUCAGUAACCUCACCUCUCAGUGUUUAAAUUUAACCAUGGCUGGUUUACAUGGGGAUGGCAGCAAAUCUGUGGCAAACUUCUCUUCAAAAAAGUCAGAUCCCAGUGAUCCCUCUUCAAAUGGACCGAUGGGCAAACCCAGUACAUCUUCCUCUUUGUCAACUACAACUGACAAAUCUUCAGCCAGCACAACCGACACUGUUAUAACCCCAAAGCAUUCACUGUCUGACCCAAAACCCCAGUUUUCCAAAGAAAGCAUUUGUGAAAAGAAUACUAAUCUAUCCAAAAAUCUCAAUUUGGCAUCUGCUAAAAGUGCUACAUAUUUAAACACCUGCAUCACUAAGGAAAAGCAAGACUCCUUGGGAUCAGCUGCAUCUACACCAAAACAUGGUAAGGCAUAUACCAUGGAACCAGCCCAGUUACAGGCUCUCCAAGCAGCAGGGACCACAGAUCCCACUUCCCUACUUUCCAAUCCCCUCCUGUCCUGUCUUAUGCCAGGAUUCCCCCAAAUCUUUCCUCCACAGAUCCCAGCUGCCCUUACCGGAAGCUUUCUGCAGCCCAUGUUUGGUAUGGAAGGCAUGUUUCAAUAUGGCUCAGUCUUUCCACAGGCUCUAAUGGGUCUGUCCCCAGGCUCUGUUCUCCAACAGUAUCAGCACAAUUUGCAGGGUGCACUGAUGCAUCAUAGGCUGCAACUCCAACAAAAACAACUACUACAACAACAGCAACCACAGAAACCCAAAGUUAGUCAAACAUCUGCUUCAGCAUAUUCUCAGGACAUGGCUCAUAACAAAGGGCUUGUCUUGAAUUUAUCCAAAUCUGAAGAGAAGCAAGGCACUUCAGAUGGAAGUUCUUCUUCUUUCUUGUCUGGCACCAAACCGAUAAAUAAUAGCUUCCUCCUUGGCCAGUGCAUCGUCUCCAAAGGAACGUGCAAAGAGAAAGGCAAGGAUAUUUGUCUGUAUAACUGCCUUGCCUGCGAGAUCUCUCUCACGGGAAAUGAAGAGCUUAUGCAGCACCUGGAGAACCCUCAGCACAAACAAAGAGCAGCAGAGCACCUAAAUGCCAAAGAGCAUGCCUCUCGCCUCUUACCUCACGUUAGUUCUUCAUCUACCUCACAGCCAAAUCCACCCAGCAAACAGAUGUCCCCUUCAAUAUCCCAGCCCAAGCAGUCUGCUCCAGAGAGUCCCUCUGACAACUCCUGAAUCUCCAAACCAACAGAUUGCUCAUAAAGCCCUUCAGUCGGUCAGCGUUCCCGGAUUCCAUCGACCUCUACAGCUUUAUCUGGGACUGCACAAUGUUUUUGUGCUCCAGUUAUUCUUUUACAGGUUUCCUUGCUCUUAACUGUUACCUCAUGCCUAAAUGGCCAUAUGAAUUUAAAACCAAUAGACUCCUCACAUGGGAGUUAUAAGAAUAAUGGGUCAGCAGAGGAGUCCAAAGUUCCCAAAUGGUAAACUGGAAAUAAAGGCUGGAUUCUGACUGUUGCAGAUGUAGCUGUGAUUUGCCUGCCAUUCUGCAGACUCCAUUGUAUUGUUACAAAGGACAAGGACCAAAAGAGAAAACCUAUGGUGAUGGAAGACAUUGGUCUUCUAAAGAGAAAACAUGAAAUAAAAACGUAGUGUUAGUUUUAAAGACGUUUGAAUGGAUUGAGUCCUGUGGGAUACACCUUGCAUUUCCAAUGCUUGUAACCAAAAAACUGUCAAUAGAAUGUUUUCUCUUGUCAAUAUGCUGGUCAGUUUAAACUUGAGUAUAUGUAUACACUGUUUGGAACUAAAGUGUGCACACCUAAGGACUGGACUGAAACCUAAGAUGGUUUUAUUAUUACCUAAUAACUAACUAACCAAAAG